AUGCAGCCAUCAGAAAGACGUAACUGGGGCAAUCUCCAAAAGAAGAACGGCUUAGACGACGCGGUCAUGACUUUGAUCAGGGCUCGUGUAACAGAGAGUAACCCAGAUACUGCGGAGCUUCCUGAAACUUAUCGUCAACGAGCUUACGAAAGACUGGUCGACAGCAUCUUUGUCGACCUCGACGCGGCAAUGACGUCGACGCAACAUAUCUGGUCUCAAUCUUGCCUGAUGCACCUCGUGAGAAGCUCUUCCCUCGGCUACCAACGCAAGCUUGAGAGGCAUCAACAACGUAAGUCUGGUGGUGUCGACGACGAAGCCGAGGACGACGACAACGACAGGGAAGAUGACGAAGGCGAUAUGGAAGAUCAAGACACCGUUGAUGAAGUCAUUCGUCGACCUCGCAAGCGAUCUUCACCAUACGUCGACACCAACUACUCAAAGAAUGUUCAGCACCCGGUCUCCACCUCCGCUCGUCGCCCUCUAGGCCUUUCUUCUCGCAAUCGCCCGGCCUCUACUCCUCAAGUACCGGUGGCUCCAUCAGUCUCCAAGUUCAGCGCCAUCCAGCUACAGCAGUACACCAUACGACUUCGUCGUCCGUCAGGCUUGGACACCUCGACUCACAAAUCUAUCCCUCUCUGGAAUUGCGUGCGACUUACCAGCAACGAAGGAACCAAGCAAUCCUCAUUCAUCGACAUCGGUGAAUUGUCCUUCGACAGGCUCAAGCGACUUGCCAAGGCCUUUGAUGGUGAAGCCAUUGUCUACGAGGAUAUCCAGCCAGAUGGUCGUGUGCUGUCGAAGAUCGAAGAUGACGACGAACUGCAGGCGGCUAUGCAUGUCUUGAUCAUGGCUUUGAAGGGGGACGACUUCUUCCUGCCAUUGGGAGUCAUGAGAUUUUAG